GCGCGAUGAUGCGUCGCCGUUGAGGCUUGGGCUUCACGUGGAUUUGUAUGUGCCUCUUUGUACUAGAGAGAAGCUCAGCUAGAAGAGAAGCAUACCCAAGCAGCCCUCGCCAGCGCCAUUGCGAGUACGUGACGCCAUCGUUUGCAUCCCCUCCAUCUCCAUCGCGAAACAGACCGACCAGCGCAGUAGAUAACGACCGGGAGUUCCGUCUUCUCGAGCGGGAAGAGAGAGUACGUAGCAGCGACCAGAUCAGCCUCGUCGUCCUCAGGCACCAUGGGCAGCGCCAGCAGUAAAGCAGGCGACGCCAACCCCAAGAACUUGGGCGCAGAUCCGAACGACCCCAACGCGUUCCCGCUGCACCACCAUCCGUACUACAAUCAGGCACAACAGCAACAGGGUCGUAACUAUGACGGUAGCAGUGAGGGUAAGAAUCCGCAGCAGCCCUAUUUUGCAGGCCAACACAAUGCCACCGAGGCUAUGGAGGUAGAUCCGCCCACAGAGACCUCUUCAGAGGUAUCUUACGCAGACGGAGAGAUGGCUACAGCGCAGAUGGAUGUAAAAGGCGGCGAGAACGGCAAGGGGAACAAUGCACAGACUGCGGACGUCACAGUGCCGCCUGGGGAGGACGUCGUGCCCAUGGUGUUCAAAUGGGAACACGGCGGCCGCAACGUGUUCAUCACUGGCACAUUCAACGGGUGGGACAAGCAGUGUCCCAUGCACCGAUCCGGCAACGAUUUCACCUACAUCGCCAACCUCACGCGGGGGAAGCACAUGUACAAGUUUGUGGUGGACGACGACUGGCGGUUCGCACCCGACCAGCUCACAAUGGCAGAUGUGGAAGGCAACGUAAAUAACUAUGUGGAUGUAUCGGACUUUGCGCCGCUCUCCGACUUUGAUGGUAAGAACAAGCAGGACGACGACGAAGACCCCGAGAACCCGUACUCACGGUACAUCCCCGAGAUCGACGAGUACACGAAGGAGCCACCUCCGCUUCCACCUCACUUACGGCACAUUAUUUUGAAUAAGGCACCGCCGACCGUCGAUGGUCGAUUGCUGCCUGUGCCUCAGCACGUGGCGCUCAACCAUCUAUACUGCACAGCAAUCAAGGACGGCAUGAUGGUGCUGGGCAUCACCAACCGCUACAAGCAGAAGUUCGUGACUACCGUUUAUUAUAGCCUCAUGCCCGGCGCCAAUUAGGGCUCUUGGUGGCAAACUCAGGUAGAAAGAACAAAUGGGAGGAAGCUCGAAGCACAGUCGUGAAUGAUCCAAGUGUUGGACGCGGCGUGGGGCAUGCAGUGCGCGUGCCUUGCUUCAGCUUCUGUAGGAAGUAGACACUCUUUUUUUGGUAAUGGAGCUGCUCGCGAUGGUCGUAAGCGAGCGGCCAGGGCAUGGCCAACCUAGGAAUGGCGAAGUCCUAAAGCAAUGACAAGCGAACACACUAUCUUCGCCUUUCCGAGCCAUCACCACAACUCCUACGACGCAUGAUAAACACAGUCACACUCGAGCGCAAAAACAAUAAACAUAUUUUUGUUUUUU